AUGCACGAUGCAGAACCUGGUUUUAAACUGAAAAACUUGGAAGAACUGGCCAACGGACAUAAGAGCUCAUUUGGAAGUCCAAUAUUUUUCAAACCUUUGGGGGGGGGGAGCAGAACAAUGAAUCUUGACUCGCUCUCGCUGGCUUUGUCUCAAAUCAGCUACCUGGUGGACAAUUUAACAAAGAAAAACUACAAAGCCAGCCAGCAGGAAAUACAGCAUAUUGUUAAUCGUCACGGCCCUGAGGCAGACAGGCAUCUCUUACGCUGUCUCUUCUCCCAUGUGGAUUUCAGUGGCGAUGGUAAAAGCAGUGGCAAGGACUUUCACCAGACACAGUUUCUGAUCCAGGAGUGCGUGUCACUGAUCUCCAAACCAAACUUUAUCUCAACCUUGUGUUACGCCAUUGACCAUCCGCUACACUACCAGAAGAGUUUGAAGCCAUCGGCCCAUUUAUUUACUCAACUGAGUAAAGUGCUCAAGCUCAGCAAGGUUCAAGAGGUCAUUUUUGGGCUUGCGUUGCUUAACUCCAGCAACGUAGAUCUUCGAGGCUUUGCUGCACAGUUUAUCAAGCAAAAACUUCCAGACCUUUUGCGAUCAUACGUUGACGCAGAUCUAGGAGGAAGCCAGGAAGGUGGCUUCCAAGACAUUGCUAUAGAGGUCCUGCACCUACUGCUGUCCCAUCUGCUGUUUGGUCAUAAGGGGACUAGUGGAGUAGGGCAAGAGCAAAUUGACGCCUUCCUCAAAACUCUUUGCCGAGAUUUCCCCCAGGAACGCUGCCCUGUGGUGCUCGCACCACUGUUAUACCCUGAAAAACGGGAUAUUCUCAUGGACAGAAUCUUGCCAGACUCGGGGGAGUUAGCCAAGACCAUGAUGGAGAGUUCACUUGCAGAGUUUAUGCAAGAAGUCGGCUAUGGCUUUUGUGCCAGUGUGGAUGAAUGCAGAAACAUAAUCCUCCAGUAUGGGGGAAGAGAAGUGACUGCUAGUCAAGUGGCAAGGGUUCUGGGCAUGAUGGCUCGUACCCAUUCUGGUCUUACUGACGGUAUUCCAUUGCAGUCAAUCUCUGCUCCUGGAGGGGGUAUCUGGAGUGAUGGGAAAGAUAAGAAUGAUGCCUCUCAGUCACAGACUUGGAAUGUUGAGGUUCUGAUCGACGUCGUCAAAGAAGUGAAUCCCAACCUUAACUUCAAAGAGGUGACAUACGAACUGGACCACCCAGGCUUUCUCAUCCGCGACAGUAAAGGCCUUCAUAUUGUGGUGUACGGUAUUCAGAGGGGAUUAGGCCUUGAGGUCUUUCCUGUUGAUCUCAUCUAUCGGCCAUGGAAACAUGCUGAGGGUCAGUUGUCCUUCAUACAACACUCCCUGAUGAGCCCUGAAGUGUUUUGCUUUGCGGAUUAUCCUUGCCACACAGUGGCAAUUGACAUCCUCAAGGCACCGCCAGAAGAUGACAAUAGAGAAAUUGCCACAUGGAAAAGUCUUGACCUUGUAGAAAGUCUUCUUAGACUCUCUGAAGUGGGUCACUAUGAGCAGGUGAAGCAGCUGUUUACGUUUCCAAUAAAGCACUGUCCCGACAUGCUGGUGCUGGCACUGCUGCAGAUCUCAACAUCCUGGCAUCAACUUCGGCAUGAGCUCAUUUCAACAUUGAUGCCCAUAUUUCUGGGCAAUCACCCUAACUCUGCUAUAAUCUUGCACUAUGCCUGGCACGGUCAGGGACAGUCUCCUUCCAUCCGGCAGCUCAUCAUGCAUUCGAUGGCUGAGUGGUACAUGAGAGGAGAGCAGUAUGACCAAGCAAAGCUAUCCCGUAUCCUGGAUGUUGCUCAAGACUUGAAGUCUCUAUCAAUGCUUCUGAAUGGAACCCCAUUCGCCUUUGUCAUUGACCUUGCUGCACUUGCCUCUCGUCGUGAAUACCUCAAACUUGACAAAUGGCUGACAGACAAGAUUAGAGAACAUGGGGAACCUUUCAUCCAGGCAUGUGUAACAUUCCUUAAAAGACGUUGCCCUUCCAUUAUGGGUGGUCUGACCCCAGACAAGGAUCAACCAAAAAGCGCCCAGUUACCCCCUGAGACCCUGGCGACUAUGUUGGCAUGCCUGCAAUCCUGUGCUGGGAGUGUCUCACAAGAACUUUCUGAGACGAUACUGACCAUGGUGGCAAAUUGCAGUAAUGUCAUGAAUAAACCCAGACAGCCUCCUCCUGGGGUAAUGCCGAAAGGACGUGCCCCAAGCACCAGCAGCCUCGACGCCAUUUCUCCUGUUCAGAUGGACCCUUUGGCUGCGAUGGGAUCCCUCAACUUGGGAGGCACAGCCACAUCUCAUACUCAAAGCAUGCAAGGUUUCCCCACCUCAUUGAGCUCUGCCUUUAGUAAUCCCCAGUCUCCAGCAAAGGCCUUCCCACCAUUAUCGAAUGCCAAUCCAAGCACACCAUUUGGUGGUAUUGGCAGUUUGUCAUCACAGCUUCCUGGCAUGGAUUCUGGUCCUCUUGGUUCAGGAAUUGGCUCUGGUAUAGGCUCUAGUUUGGGGAUGCCAGCUGUUGGCACUGAUCCUUUCAGUACCAGAAAGAUGAGCACACCAGGCCUGAAUCCGCCUACAUUUCAGCAGACUGACCUAUCCCAGGUGUGGCCCGAAGCAAACCAGCACUUUAGUAAGGAGAUAGAUGAUGAAGCUAACAGCUACUUCCAGCGCAUCUACAACCACCCACCUCACCCUACCAUGUCUGUAGAUGAAGUGUUGGAAAUGUUGCAACGAUUCAAAGAUUCUACCAUCAAAAGAGAACGAGAAGUGUUCAAUUGCAUGCUGCGUAAUUUGUUUGAAGAAUACCGCUUCUUCCCACAGUAUCCAGACAAGGAAUUGCACAUUACUGCUUGCCUUUUCGGUGGCAUUAUUGAGAAGGGAUUGGUCACUUACAUGGCAUUGGGAUUAGCGCUGCGAUAUGUUCUUGAAGCCUUAAGGAAACCUUUUGGGUCCAAAAUGUAUUAUUUUGGAAUUGCGGCUUUAGAUCGGUUUAAGAACAGAUUAAAGGACUAUCCUCAAUAUUGUCAACACCUGGCAUCGAUUGCCCACUUCUUGCAGUUUCCUCACCAUUUACAAGAGUAUAUCGAGUAUGGUCAACAGUCACGGGACCCUCCAGUGAAGAUGCAGGGCUCCAUUACAACUCCCGGAAGUCUUGCCCUGGCCCAGGUGCAAGCACAGACCCAGCCUCAAGCACCUGGUGCCCCAAAAGUUCCCCCGCCUGGUCAGACUAGCACACUGGUCACUACUACCACCACUACCGCCACAGUAGCAAAGACCACCACCAUCACAAGGCCCACCCAAAGUGGCUUCAAAAAAGAUGUUCCUCCUUCUAUAAACACUACAAACAUUGACACCCUCCUUGUUGCCACUGACCAAAAUGAAAGAAUUGUAGAACCUCCAGAGAAUGUACAGGAGAAGAUAGCAUUCAUCUUCAACAACCUUUCACAAUCCAACAUGACUCAAAAGGUGGAGGAGUUAAAGGAAACUGUAAAAGAAGAGUUCAUGCCAUGGGUUUCGCAGUAUCUGGUGAUGAAGAGGGUCAGCAUUGAGCCUAAUUUUCACAGCCUGUAUUCCAACUUUCUUGACACACUGAAGAACCCAGAGUUUGUGAAGAUGGUUCUUACUGAAACUUACCGGAACAUAAAGGUUUUGUUGACGUCUGAUAAGGCAGCGGCCAAUUUUUCAGACCGCUCUCUGCUGAAGAACUUGGGCCAUUGGUUAGGCAUGAUCACAUUGGCUAAAAACAAGCCAAUACUCUACACUGAUUUGGAACUAAAAUCUCUUCUUCUGGAAGCGUAUGUCAAAGGCCAGCAGGAGUUGCUUUACGUGGUUCCAUUUGUGGCAAAAGUAUUGGAAUCCAGUCUCAGAAGUGUGGUUUUUAGGCCGCAAAAUCCAUGGACCAUGGCCAUAAUGAAUGUGCUCGCUGAACUGCAUCAGGAACAUGAUCUGAAGCUAAACCUUAAAUUUGAGAUUGAAGUGCUUUGCAAAAAUCUGUCAUUGGACAUCAAUGAUCUAAAGCCAGGAAACUUACUGAAAGAUAAAGAAAAACUGAAGACUUUGGAGGAGCAACUUUCUGCACCAAAAAAAGAGGCAAAACCUCCAGAGGAGCUGCUCCCUGUAUCAACUUCAGGAGACUUUGUGCCGUUUCCUGCACCACCAUCCACCCCAGCUGCCACCACUACAACUUGCACAACCACGGGUCCUCCAACACCACAAUUCAGUUACCAUGACAUCAAUGUAUAUGCCUUGGCUGGUUUAUCCCCACACAUUAACAUGAGUACCAAUCUGGCCCUUUUACAAGCCCACCCUCAACUCAAGCAGUGUGUUCGUCAGUCAAUUGAACGAGCUGUCCAGGAGUUGGUUCAUCCUGUGGUUGAUCGGUCAAUCAAAAUAGCUAUGACAACUUGUGAGCAGAUCAUCAGGAAGGAUUUUGCAUUGGAUUCUGAAGAGUCCCGAAUGCGGGUUGCUGCUCACCACAUGAUGAGAAAUUUGACCGCAGGCAUGGCCAUGAUAACCUGUCGUGAGCCUUUGCUCAUGAGCAUUGCAACAAACCUAAAAAACAACUUUGCAGCUGGGCUUAGGGCCCCAACACCUCAACAGAGAGAAAUGAUGGAAGAGGCUGCUGCUCGGCUUGCUCAGGAGAACUGUGAACUGGCAUGUUGCUUCAUUCAAAAAACAGCUGUGGAGAAAGCUGGGCCUGAAAUGGACAAAAGACUAGCCACGGAGUUUGAGCUCAGGAAACAUGCACGUCAAGAAGGGCGACGGUACUGUGAUCCUGUUGUUCUAACCUACCAGGCUGAACGGAUGCCUGAGCAGAUACGGCUCAAGGUUGGUGGAGUGGAUCCCAAACAACUGGCAGUCUAUGAAGAGUUUGCCAGGAAUGUUCCAGGUUUCUUGCCCAGUAAUGAUCUCUCUCAGCCCACUGGCUUCUUGGCUCAACCAAUGAAGCAACAGGCAUGGGCUACAGAUGAUGUUGCCCAAAUCUAUGAUAAGUGCAUGGCUGAUUUGGAGCAGCAUCUUCAUGCCAUUCCUCCAGCACUGGCAAUGAAUCCGUUAACUCAGGCUCUACGCAGUUUGCUUGAGGCUGUGGCAUUGGCAAGAAACUCUAGAGAUGGCAUUGCUGCUCUGGGACUACUUCAGAAGGCUGUGGAGGGUCUUUUGGAUGCGACCAGUGGUGCAGAUGCUGAUUUGUUACUGCGCUACAGAGAGUGUCACCUGCUGGUGCUCAAAGCCCUACAGGAUGGCCGUGCUUAUGGACCACAGUGGUGUAACAAGCAGAUUACCAGGUGUCUCAUUGAAUGCCGAGAUGAGUACAAGUACAAUGUCGAAGCAGUUGAACUUCUGAUAAGAAACCAUCUUGUGAACAUGCAGCAAUAUGACUUGCAUCUGGCACAGUCAAUGGAGAAUGGAAUGCACUAUAUGGCAGUUGCUUUUGCAAUGCAGCUGGUGAAGCUGCUGCUUGUGGAUGAACGUAGUGUGAGCCAUGUCACAGAGGCUGACCUCUUCCACACCAUAGAGACUUUAAUGAGGAUUUGUGCACACUCGCGGGCCAAUGCACCAGAGGGACUUCCACAGCUAAUGGAUGUUGUUCGAUCUAACUAUGAGGCAAUGAUAGAUCGAGCCCAUGGUGGGCCAAACUUCAUGAUGCACUCUGGAAUUUCCCAGGCGUCAGAAUAUGAUGAUCCUCCUGGCCUGAGGGAGAAGGCAGAAUAUCUUCUGAGAGAGUGGGUCAAUUUGUACCACUCUGCAGCCGCUGGACGAGACAGUACCAAAGCCUUUUCUGCGUUUGUUGGCCAGAUGCAUCAGCAGGGGAUCCUGAAGACUGAUGACUUGAUCACAAGGUUCUUCCGGCUGUGUACUGAAAUGUGUGUUGAGAUAAGCUAUCGUGCUCAGGCAGAACAGCAGCACAAUCCAGCAGCCAGUGCCGCAAUCAUCAGAGCCAAAUGUUACCAUAACCUGGAUGCCUUUGUGCGGCUCAUUGCUCUUCUGGUGAAACACUCUGGAGAGGCAACAAAUACUGUUACAAAGAUAAACCUCCUCAAUAAGGUGCUAGGAAUUGUAGUUGGAGUGUUGAUCCAGGAUCAUGAUGUGCGUCAGACUGAGUUCCAGCAGCUGCCAUACCAUCGCAUUUUCAUCAUGCUUCUUCUGGAGCUUAAUGCUCCAGAACACGUUUUGGAGACCAUCAACUUCCAAACACUGACUGCCUUCUGCAAUACUUUCCACAUCUUGAGACCUACGAAGGCUCCAGGGUUUGUUUAUGCUUGGCUGGAACUCAUAUCUCAUCGAAUUUUUAUUGCACGCAUGCUUGCCCAUACACCCCAACAGAAGGGUUGGCCUAUGUAUGCACAGCUACUGAUUGAUCUCUUCAAGUACUUGGCCCCAUUUCUGAGAAAUGUUGAGCUCAACAAACCUAUGCAAAUCCUAUACAAGGGAACCCUAAGAGUCCUCCUGGUCCUGCUGCAUGACUUCCCAGAGUUUUUGUGUGACUACCAUUAUGGCUUCUGUGACGUCAUCCCGCCGAACUGCAUUCAACUUCGCAACCUCAUACUCAGUGCCUUCCCACGGAACAUGAGGCUCCCUGACCCUUUCACACCCAAUCUCAAGGUGGAUAUGCUUAGUGAGAUCAAUAUUGCUCCUCGAAUUCUUACCAACUUCACAGGCGUCAUGCCUUCUCAGUUCAAGAAGGAUUUGGAUUCGUAUUUGAAAACUCGAUCACCAGUCACUUUUUUGUCCGAGCUGCGCAGUAACCUGCAGGUGUCUAAUGAGCCAGGAAACCGUUACAACAUCCAGUUGAUCAAUGCAUUGGUGUUGUAUGUGGGCACACAAGCGAUUGCUCACAUCCACAACAAAGGCAGCACUCCCUCAAUGAGCACCAUCACUCACUCUGCACACAUGGACAUCUUUCAGAACCUGGCUGUGGAUCUGGACACUGAGGGGCGGUAUUUGUUCCUGAAUGCUAUUGCUAAUCAGCUGCGAUACCCCAAUAGCCACACUCACUAUUUCAGCUGCACUAUGCUUUAUCUCUUUGCUGAAGCAAACACUGAGGCAAUCCAAGAGCAAAUAACCAGGGUCUUGCUGGAGAGGCUGAUUGUGAACAGACCCCAUCCAUGGGGUCUUCUCAUCACAUUCAUUGAACUGAUCAAGAACCCUGCCUUCAAAUUCUGGAGCCAUGAUUUUGUACACUGUGCCCCUGAGAUUGAAAAACUGUUCCAGUCUGUUGCUCAGUGCUGCAUGGGACAGAAGCAGGCUCAGCAAGUGAUGGAGGGCACUGGUGCAAGCUAG